AUGUCGUCUGGACCAACAAUUCCACAAACCGAAGUUGCCGCUACGGUCUUGCUCAUCGUCGCGGCGGUGGUCACUUCAUUCCGUCUGUUCCUGCGGAUGCAACAACACCGUCCAUGGUUAGAUGAUGGGUGGGCAGCGUUUUCUAUGGCAAUCAAUAUUGGCUUGUUGGUGGUACUCUGGUUGUACCUGCAGGACGACGCUCGAUUUCCCCAAGAUACAAAGGUGGAAUUAUAUUAUAUGCUCACACAGUUCUUCAGUGCAGGCGUUUGGUCGUCCAGGAUCUCAAUUUUAUUGACGGUCGUGCGACUGACCUUCCCUGGCUCGCUAAGGAGAUGGCUAGUGCGCACCGCCAUCACAUUUAUGGUUACAUGGAUGAUCCUUGGCGCACAAAUCUUUUGGACGCGUGAAGCAGAAAGUGGUUGGAAAUCGCAACCUCGCCCUCAAUGCGAUCUAGGUAGGAAUGUUACCAUUGCACAGAUAAUCACCGAUGUGCUAGGUGAUACGAUCUUGAUACUGGCUCCGUUUCACUUGAUUUACAAAGUCAGACUCACGAAGGCUCAAAAGAGCCGACUUUUGUCUAUCUUUUCGACGUCUGGUGCAACCACCAUCGUCAGCCUAACCCACGCAUAUUACCUGCUUUCUGAUGGUGGGCUAAAAGAAAUCUUAGCUGCCAUAGUCGAGUUGUCGAUUAGCUUGACUGUGGCGAACUUGAGUGUGGUUGUCGCUCUCCUAUUCCGCAUCAGCACUGAAGAAUCCACAACCCCCGCUUCGCUGGAGCUCAAGUCCAUAAUUACCAUCGGCUCACCGCCAAAUCGGAGAAGACCACCGCUCGAUCCUCUCUCAACGUCAGCAAUGAUGGUUGAGAUUGAGACCACGACAAUAAUACUGGAUGAUUUCAGUACGUCUCCUACGCGAGCUACUGAAAUAGACGACAAAGAUGCCGAAGCUGUAUUCCUUGAAACGCUUUCCGACCCACGUCCGUUCUGUGAUGCUUGA